AGUCUCCCUCCUGCUCCCAAACGAAGAACAGUCUCUUCCAACUGUGGAUGGUUAAGCUACGACCACUUUCCUUCUACUGCGAGCGUCUCCGGAUGGACGGGAAGGAGCAGCAACCCCCAGGUCAUGGGCACCAGUCCAGAGUGUAAGUGACCCCUUCUCCCCAAGCUGAGCAGAGAGGGUGCCCUUGAAGAGGCCACAAGCGCAGCAGCACUAUGGCCUCGGCUGCCUCUGUGACCAGCCUGGCAGAUGAAGUCAACUGCCCCAUCUGCCAAGGGACCCUCAGAGAGCCGGUCACCAUUGACUGUGGCCACAACUUCUGCCACAUCUGCCUCACCCGCUACCUUGAGAUCCCCAGCGCGGACCCCGAGGAGCCCCCAACCUGCCCACUCUGCAAGGAGCCUUUCCGCCCAGGGAGCUUCCGGCCCAAUUGGCAGCUGGCCAGCGUGGUGGAGAACAUUGAGCGUCUCAAGCUGGUGUCCCGGCUGGACAUAGAAGAGGAGGACAUCUGCCCCGAGCAUGGGGAGAAAGUCUACUUCUUCUGCGAGGAUGAUGAGAUGCAGCUGUGCGUGGUGUGCCGGGAGGCCUGGGAGCACCGUGCCCACACUGUGCGCUUCCUGGAGGACGCGGCUGGGCCCUACAGGGAACAAAUACAGAAGUGUCUUGAGUGUCUAAGAAAGGAGAGAGAGGAGAUUCAAGGAAUUCAGUCAAGAGAAAAUCGAAGGAUACAAGUCCUCCUGACUCAGGUGGCCACCAAGAAACAAAAAGUGAUUUCUGAGUUUGCACAUCUGAGCCAGUUCCUGGAGGAACAGCAGAGCAUCCUCUUAGCCCAGUUGGAGAGGCUGGAUGGGGACAUCUUAAAGCAUCGGGAUGAGUUUGAUGUCCUGGUCACUGGGGAAAUCUGCCGGUUUAGCACCCUCAUUGAAGAACUGGAGGAGAAGAAGGAGAGGCCGGCAAGGGAGCUCCUGAUGGAUAUCAGAAGCACUCUAAUAAGAUGUGAAACCAGAAGGUGCCGGAAACCAGAGGCUGUAUCCCCUGAGCUGGGCCAGAGGAUUCGGGACUUACCCCAGCAGGCCCUCCCGCUGCGAAAGGAGAUGAAGAUGUUUCUGGAAAAACUCUGCUUUGAGUUGGAUUAUGAGCCAGCUCACAUCUCUCUAGACCCCUGGACUUCCCACCCGAAGCUCCUCUUGUCUGAGGACCACCAGCAGGCUCGCUUCUCCUAUAAAUGGCAGAAGUCACCAGACAGCCCCCAGCGUUUCGACCGGGCCACCUGUGUCCUGGCCCAUGAUGGCUUCACUGGGGGGAGACACACGUGGGUGGUGAGUGUGGACUUGGCUCCUGGGGGCAGCUGCACCCUGGGUGUGGUCAGUAAGGACAUCCGGCGGAAGGGGGAGCUUCGGCUGCGGCCAGAGGAGGGGGUGUGGGCGGUGAGACUGGCUUGGGGCUUCGUCUCAGCCCUGGGCUCUUUCCCCACCCGCCUGGCCCUGGAGGAGCAGCCCCAGCAGGUGCGGGUGUCUGUCGACUACGAGGUGGGCUGGGUGACCUUUGCCAAUGCUGUCACUCAGGAGCCCAUCUACACCUUCACUGCCUCCUUCACCCAGAAGAUCUUUCCCUUCUUUGGACUCUGGGGACGAGGGUCCAAGUUCUCCCUGAGCUCCCGAGAGGGUGCAGCUACCCUCCCCUAAGCACAGGGUCCAAAGAGAGGACCCAAGGACUUGACCCUGGCUGGGUCGCCUGUAAGAUUCAGAACAGUAGUUACUGCUUUAUAUGAUGUGAUAGAGUCAGGACUUUGGCAAGGGACAGGUGGAAUGACCUUCAGUCUGCAGAUCAGGCCCUUUCCUCAAUGCCCAGUGGAUGGGACUCAGACCACUGCCAGCCCUCCUCACCACCAUCCCCACCAGGCACAGAAGUAGCUGUGUAGAGGAAGGGAUACUGGAUUUGGGGCCAGAACACUUGGGUUCUAGAUCCAGCCUUGUAAUCAACUAAUUAUAUGAUCUUAAACUAGGCAUCUCACCUCUCUUCAUCUUGUUUUCUCCCCCCAAAAUAUUAGAGUUCAUUUAUUCAUAUCCUUAAGAAAUAUUUAUUGUGUGCUAAUUAUGAGGCAAGCAGUAUGGUAGCCACUGGUGAUAUGAAA